GUCGGCGCAGGGCUCUGACCAAUCUGGCGGCUGUUCGAGUUCAAGAAUGUUGUCGAAUGUUAAAAAGCAGUCCCAUAUUAUCAAUAAUUCUUAUUUUACACAAUCAUUUCAGGAACAAUGUCAACUCGGCAACUUUAUACGCAGCAGUAAACUUGUUAAAAUUAUAGAAACUGUAGCCGAAGACUUCAUUAAGAAUAACCAGUCAUCACAACGGCCUGAAAAUAACUUUAGUGCUAUCAUUGUUAAACUCCCCUUCGUUUACUCAGAUUUUUUAAAGUAUUCGUUGAAUUUGUUGCAUUUUCUAAUUGAAGAACCCGUUCAAUUUGCUAACGCUGUUAAAUAUUGUGUAUUUUCUUUAUUACGAAAUAUUCUUAAAGAUUUGUCAGUUACUGCUGAGGACAACAAAAAAACAGAUAUUGAUAUUGAUCAGAUUCACAUACUAAUUCGUUUUAUGGGUCUACCCCUUCAACAGGAUUUGUGCUUUCAACCGUAUAUUAAUUCAUAUCGAACUGGACUGACUGAAGUCAUCGGUUUUCUAUCGGCAUUAACGGAGCCUGAAAAAGUUGUAAUACAAUCUGUUUGGUAUUGCGCUACUGGUUGCCCAAGAAAUAAAAUAAAAUCACUUUCAUUUGACGUACCAACUUGUACAAAUUGUAGAAAUCCUAUGAAUGAAUAUUCAAAAUUAAGGCACACACAACAUAGUCGUUUACUUCGUAUAUUACCUGCGGAAAGUAUAGAAUCACCUCACCAGCUGAAUAAAGUUUUUCGUGCGUUAACUGUUCGCGUUUUGGAUCACGUUUUUGAUUGUAAAUUGGAACUAGGAAAUCGUUACUUAAUAAUUGGUCAUUACAAUUACGUUUCUCAAAAGCAAGAAUUUGAAGCAUGGAAUCUAACCACUAUUUAGAUUCCUUGAGGGACAUAUCUGAAAGUCAGUUGGAAGCUUUGUUAAGAUAUGAUAGUCCACCUGAAACACCAGCUGAACUUGCAAAUCCUAUUCAAAGAGAUUUUAAUAAAAAUAACGUUCUGGAUUCUUAUAACAGUCGCAUUCAUGAUAACCGCGAAUCUUUUUUUUCACAUUUAGAUUCCGAAAUUGAUUUUUCAAUUUUUCAUCGUGAUUCACCAAAUUUGCAAUGGUCACUAUCUGCUAUAAAUAUACAAUCCAAUAACAAUGAUGAUUCAGUUAUUGCAACUACAUUUAAUACUGAUGAAAUUUCAAAUAUUUCAAUUGGGGAUAAUAAUAGAAACCAUCAAGUGCCUCAAAAAGUCCAUUUUUUGCAAUUUGAUACAAAUGAGCAGAGGACUUUAACCACCAAACCCUGUAACUCUUUUGGUCAAUAUCGGAAACAAGAAUCCCUUCAAAAGCUGAAUAGCUUACAAAGUUGUGCUCUGAAUGAGAAACGCCCAGACGACUUUAAAGAAAUUGAUAAUAUUUUAAAAAAUAUUGAUUUCGAAAACAUUCCAAACGUGGAAAUAUUGGGUCAUUCCUUUUAUGACCCAAUUCGGAUUCAGAGAAAGAGCCUAACACAACUUGAACAUAAAAAGAGUUUACAGGAACAGAUAAUAGCGUCAUGUCCAGCUUCCAUCGGAGAACUUCACCCAUAUUCAUUUUCGGAAAAUUUCUGUUCUGAAAAUAUUAAUCUUACAGAGUUGAAUAAUAUACAUUUGCGCGAACUAUCAAUUAGAGAUGACAACCAAGAUAUUCCAUUUGAUGACAACUUUUGUGAAAUUGACGGGAUUUUUGAGACAUUAAAUUUUGAAGAAAUUUCAGAAAGCUCUAGUUAUGUUCCAAGACAGUCUCAAAAUGAAGUACACUCUAAUGAAAAACAUCCCACGCAGGUUAAAAUACCUGGUUCCCUUUCAAUACCAUUUUCAGUUAGACAACUCUAUGAAAUUGUGACAACUAAAUAUUCAGAUUUUGCUUUUAUAUAUGCAUUAAGUUCUCAGUUAUGCCAAGAUCGCGUACCAAUGGAGUGCUUUGUAACAUUGAAAAUGGGUUUGCUUCUAAGUCUAGUUUCCAUAGGGAAUAAUGUUGAUCGUCCUCCUAUACCUAUUGUCGCUAUGACAAAUGACACAUAUAUGACAGAUUAUCUCAUGACAAAUAUUGGGCAACUAGGAUCACGUUUCCUAGGUUCAGUAGAUGAUGUCAAAUCUUUUUCUAGCAGCAAUUGGAUCGAAGCCGACAGUAUUUUACUGGCCCGAGGAGGAGUUUACUAUGCAGGUGAUUGGACUCGUAUAAAAUUAAGAAAAGCUGAAACCAUUUUCAAAAACAUCGAAUGUUCUAGCGUCGUUGUAGAGAAGUCUACCGUGAACUAUCCGCUAGAAACGGCUAUAUGGACUCAUUGGCGUUCAUUUAAGCAUGGCUCUAAAGACCAACAAAUGUUUAAUAAGUUUUUAAAAAUUUUCGGUUUACCAAUUUUCGUUUCUGACGACAACCAUGAAGCUUUAGUUGAUUAUACUUUGGAACAAGCAUCAAUAAGGAUUUUUGAAUCCACCGUAGAUCACUUAUCUAUUAAUGAAGACGACAUGCGAAAUUUUCUCGUUUCUGUAUCGCAAAAUGAAGUAAAUUUAACACCAGAAGCGGCGCUUUUGUUAAAAAACUAUUUUGUAGCUUCGCGUUCCUCAAGGGAAGAUUGUCUUACUAAACAAUCAUAUGUAAUGCUUAAACAAUUUGCGGAAUCAUUUGCAAAACUCUCUAUGCGUAAAGAGGUUCUAUUGGAUGAUGCAUUAGCAGCUAUAAUAAUGUGUGAACAUUUUAUUGAAAAUGUUUUUAGUUCUACGCCAGACCCAGACAAUUCUCCACCCCAUUUUGGCAGUUUUUCUUUCGUUGGCACAGUUGAUGAAUAUUGUAUGCGGUUUAAAGAAUGGCUGAAUUCUUAUAUAGAUCAAUAUGUAAAAGAAUAAUUUACUUAGUUGGUAAGUCAAUGAAUAAAAAUAAAUGAAAUACGACGUAAAUUUAUUUUACAUG